AUGUCUUCUCCUCAGCAACGGUUGUCCUCCAUUGCGAACCAGCUCUCGGGCCCCGGUUCUGCCGCUGCGAAGCAACAGAUUCUGUCCAAGAACCCCGACGACAUCGUCAUCACUCUUGCCGUCCGCACACCUCUCACCAAGGCCCGGAAGGGUGGCCUGAAGGAUACUCCGCUGGAUGACCUCCUCGUUUCUCUGUUGACGAGCAUCCGUGAGCGCUCCAACCUUGACCCCAACCUCGUGGAGGAUGUCUGCGUCGGAAACGUCCUUGCCCCCGGUGCCGCCUAUAUUGCUCGCUCCGCUGUGUUGGCCGCUGGCUUCCCCGUGACUGCCGCCGCCUCGAUCGCCAAUCGUUUCUGCUCCUCUGGCUUGUUGGCCAUCCAGAACAUUGCCAACCAGAUUACCGCCGGUUCGAUUGAUGUGGGUAUUGCGGUGGGAGCCGAGAGCAUGAGCACCAACGCCGAUGGUGGUGCUCCGGAGAUGUCUCCCAGCGUCCUGGCCCACCCCAUUGCCUCCCAGAACAUGCAGCCCAUGGGCCAGACCUCGGAGAAUGUUGCUGGCCAGUUCAGCAUCUCCCGUGAGAUGCACGACCAGUUUGCUGCGAAGAGCUACCAGAAGGCCGAGCGUGCCCAGAAGGCCGGCUGGUUCGACGAUGAGAUCGUCCCCGUCAAGACUCAGAUUAAGGAUCCCAAGACCGGCGAAGUGAAGGACAUUGUGGUCUCCCGUGACGAUGGUAUCCGUUACGGCACCACUGCUGAGUCUCUUGGCAAGAUUCGCGCUGCUUUCCCUCAGUGGAAGCCCAGCGCUACCACUGGCGGAAACGCCAGUCAGAUCACUGAUGGUGCCGCUGGUGUCAUCCUCAUGAAGCGCUCUCGCGCUGAGGCGUUGGGUCAGCCCAUUCUGGCCAAGUUCUGCGGUGCUACCGUUAUUGGUCUUGAGCCCAGAAUCAUGGGUAUUGGUCCCUCCAUCGCCAUCCCCAAGAUCCUCUCCAAGUUCAACCUGACCAAGGAUGACAUUGAUAUUUUCGAGAUCAACGAGGCCUUUGCCUCUAUGGGCACCUACUGUGUGCAGAAGCUGGGCCUGGAUGAGUCCAAGGUGAACCCUCGUGGUGGAGCUAUUGCCUUCGGUCAUCCCUUGGGCUGCACGGGAGCCCGCCAGGUUGUGACUGCGCUUUCCGAGCUCCGUCGGCAGAACAAGCGCGUGGCUGUCACCUCCAUGUGUGUUGGAACUGGCAUGGGUAUGGCCGGUCUCUUUGUUUCGGAGCACUAA